AUAAGAGAUACUAAUCUGUUCCCAGUGCUGAAGGUGAUGAGGACUGUUGUGAGGUUCUACUUGAUGCUGGAGCGAACGUCAAUGCUGUUGGAGGUCCAUAUGGAACACCACUGCAAGCCGCUGCAGGGGCAGAGGAUAUGGAGAGCGUCCGCGUUUUGUUAAAAGCUGGUGCCGAUAUCACCAUUACCGAGCCCAUAUCUGGCGAGUAUGGUACAGCACUACAGGCUGCCUGUGCUGCUGGAUCUUUCGAAAUUGUGAAGGAGUUGUUGCAGCAUGGUGCAGCUGUCAAUAUUCGGCCAGCCAACGGAAAGUUCGGCAACGCAUUGUCCGCAGCCGCAGCCGGUGGAUUUGAAAAGAUCGUCAAGCUGCUCAUCAAGCACCACGCUGAUGUGAACGCCAGCGGUGGCUUACACGGAUUCCCCAUCCUAGCCGCUGCUCAGUCUAGCGAUAUAACAGUCGUUCAGCGCUUACUCGACAAUGGUGCUAAUGCGUCAGCGCUAGGAGGUCUGCUUGGGUCAACUGUAGCUGCUGCAGUUCGUGGGGAUGACUUGGCUGUCAUGCGGUUGCUCAUAGAACAUGGAGCCGAUGUGCAUGCUAAAGGAGGCAAGUAUGGAGAUGCUCUCCAAACUGCAGCAAUGAAGGCCGAUAUGACCAUCAUCGACGAACUGCUUGAUCGGGCUCCCGAACUUGUCAACCACCACGCGGGCAAAUACCAUACUGCUCUCAUAGCUGCCUCCUACUUUAAUCGCACGGAUGUGGUUACCAAGCUACUAGAUGCUGGGGCAGACUUCCGGGUCCAAGGGGGGAUGUAUCGAAGUGCCAUCGCCGCGGCAUCCAUCAGAGGGAACAAAGCCAUUCUUGAGAAAUUCCUUGCGAUGAAACCUCCAGACCACUUACUGGAUGAGGCUCUCGUCGAAGCCUGUGCCUAUCGUCAAUCGGCUUGCGUUGACGCUCUGUUGAAGGAAGGUGCUAACGUAUACACCCGGCAUCCGACUAGAGGAUUGGCGACUGAAGCACUCGAUGCUCCAGAAGAGGAGGGAUUUAACUCAGAUUUGGAUGAUGACGAUGGAGAGGAUGAAGAUUCCGACGAGGAGGAAGAAGACGACGACGAGGAUGACGAAUGGGAGGCCGAUGGUGUCUCCGUAUCGGGAAAGACCGACGAAGGCAGCGUCACCGACCUGGAACUGGAAGAAGAGUUGUCUGAAGAGGUGAAGAUACGAAAACUGUUGAAAGACGCACAGGACCGCUGCAAACGUCACCCGACGGUGAAGCGCUUCAGAACCGUGAAGCGCCGAGAGGUUCCAGUGAGUCUCAGCGUUGGGAUUAACCGCCGUCCUCCUGUACCGCCAUUGCCCUCGAUGGCGGAGCAAAGUUCUUCUAGCGUGCACGACUAUGCGAUGCAGUCCGAGUCGGCCUACGGCCAGCACCCUCAAGAGCCUUGGAGUCUGCCUUUCCACCUCAGGCCAGGUAAUGUAGAGGCUCCAACUCAUAAUACCAACGCAAGCUCUCCACCUCCAGUUCCAUCUUAUGCUGGCUAUCCUGCCCCGUUAUUUGCUCAAGGCAAAACGCAGUCGCCAUCAUCAACGCCUGAGCGGAUGCGAUCACCCAUAGAGCACCGACAACGGCAAUACUCGGCCUCGUCUCUAGUAUCAGAAAGACACAACUCAGCCGGAUCGAUACCUGGCGUGCCUCAACCUAAUAGGAAGGCAAGCGCGGAUAACGGACUCAAAAGACAGAGUAAGGCUGUCAACCGCAAGUCAGUCGCCAACAUGGAAGCGCUCAGCCGGUACCAUCAACAGCGGCAAUCGGCUUACAUGCCACCUCUGGAUCAAUCAAUUUCACAGCACGACUAUGCUACGCCUAGCCAACAGGUUGCGUCCCCACCACUUCAAUACGGAACCCCUCCAAUGGCUCCUCAAGACAGCUACACUGGAGCUCCGAACCAAUCCUACCCACCGCCAAUGCCACAGCGACAGUCGCAGCACUUCGUUCAGCCACAGCAAUGGAUGUAUCAAGGGCCACCGCAGCCACCGCAACAACAUUAUUCACCCCACACCUCGCCCCCACCACCUCCACAUCCGGUGCAGCAAUCCUAUGUACCCUAUCCCCAUCAAAGUCCAGCCUCAUCUACGACCUCGUUCCAGAGCAGCCAGUACACGAACACUGGUAGCCAGCCGGCACCCUGGGAUACGCCCAACUCGAGCACAAGCACAUUUGGCAAUGCGCACGGUCAGGGUGAGGCGCAAGGGAGGAGGUGGGCCAGUGGCGGGUACGAUGGGUCAGGGUAUGGAUGAGGAGUGAUUAAAGCUUGGGGGAUGUUUAGGCGAUUUAAGGCAUCGUAUCAUGUCUGUCGGUACUGGUGCCAUGACAUCUAGCAGAGGAACGUUAGAGAAGUUCUGGACGAUCUCAUCGAGAUGAUGAUGACGAAAGGGAAAGAAGGAAGAGAGGACCAAACAAACGAUUAUAGG